GCCCCGGCUGAUGCCAUGGAAGCCCUGUUGGGCGCGCUGGUGGUUGUGGGAGGACUAUCAAUGGCUGCAAAGCUUCUGCGGAAGCUGCCGUGGUUCGGUUCUCAGGAUGGCCACGGCUUCCAAGUUCCUCUUGGGGCGCCAGAGAGCGAACUUCAGUGGAUUGGCUCUGCCAUGGUGCGUUUCUUCUGCACGGCUUGGCUGCUGAGCGUCCAUCCCGAGCUUGGCGUUGACGGCCUCUCAGAUCUUCGGACGCAACUGCUGUCCAUGCCAUGGUCUUGUCCUGUGCAUCUUCCCCAAGGCCUCCGGCUUGGGGAGCUUGCAG